AUGGACCGCCAGAAAGCUGCGAAAGGGAAGCAUGUUUCCACCCGGAAAAGCUUCGAAAUCCCUUCAAGUCGGACCAGUCCGAGGCUCAGUACGAUCGUGGACGCAUGGCACUACUGGAGAGAGGCCGAGCCCGAGAAGUACGAAGAAGGCAACAUCUACUUCUUCAUUGAUUACAUGAGCUUGCCACAGUUCAAAAGAAGUGCAGAAGAGCAGAAGUCCUUCCAAAGAGCAAUGAAGCACAUGCAUCUCUUCUACGCCGCUUGGAGCGCGAACAGUGGUGCCACGUUUUGCAAGAGCGUGUGGCGCUUGGGGAAGCUCACGCCUCCAAGCGUGAAGAGACGGCAGAUUUGUCAGGGGCGAACCAUUCCGGUCUACAUCGUGGCGGAAGGGAAGGUGGUCGAAGUCCCCCUCAAGCGCUUGAAACGCAGCGUUGACGGCAAGUGCGGCCCGUCUUGCGACGAUCACUGUCGCAAUUUGCACGCCAAUGACAUCGUGUAUCUCGGCCGGGGCUGGUGUAGAGCGGAAUACGAAUGGGCCAAGCCCAACACGGUUGACAUCUCGCGGCAAGGCGUGUGCCUGCGCCGCUGCUGUGCGCAGCAUCACUCGUGGUUUUACCGGUUCUCGCUGCCCUGGACGCCUGAGGCGUUCCAAAGAAAUGUCUCCACCAACACCUUGAAGUUCACACACCGCAGCGACAUUAAGCCCGUGAUUGAGCUGCAACGCAAAGUGUUCGAUCAGAAAGUGGCCACCCUGGAGAAGUUCGAGUGCAAUUGGCUUCCAUGCCAUGAAGUUGAGGACCUUUUGGAACUGCUGCCCCUCCUGGGCGCCGUGCAGGAAUUCUGGCUCACCGAAGCUUACGUUCCACACUCGCAGCAGUUGCCGUUGGCGAAUGCCUUGGCCAGACGCCCGGCUUUACAGAAGGUGCUCAUCAACUCUGUCCGGUUGGAGCCCCCUGUGGUGCAAGUCCUCGCCGAUGUGCCGCAGCUGCGCACCUUGCGGCUCUUCGCCUGCGGCCUGGGCGACGCCGGCGCCGGCGCGGUGGCGGCGGGUUUGACGCAGCACGCGGCGCUGCAGGAGGUGUGGCUGGAAUGCAACGGCAUUGGCGACCUCGGUGCGGAGGCCUUGGCCAAGGCCUUGGAAAGCAACCACGUCUUAGAGCUGCUGGACUUGCAGCUCAACCACAUCCGAUCCUCUGGUGCCAUCGCUUUGGCGGAGGCCUUGCGGCUUCGCAACGAGGCCAUGAGACGCUUGGUGAUGCGAUACAAUCCGAUGGAUGCCCAGGGGGGUCCAAGCUCUGAGGCGAGCUGUUGCAGAGAAAGAGAGCCUGGACGUGGAUCAUGA